AUGUCAACACCUGAGUUAAUUUUUGAAGAUAAUUCUGAAUCUGAAGGGAAUUCUACCUCUGAAGAUAAGUCAGAGUCAGAAGAUGACUCUGAAGCUGAAGUUGAGUCUGAUUUUAAGGGAGACUCUAAUGAUGAGUCAAAAGCUGAAGGUGAUUCUGAAGGUGGGUCAUACUCUAAAGGUGAAUCUGAUGAUGAUCCAGAUUCUGAUGAUGAUCCAGACUCUAGUGAUCAAGCCUCUGAAGGGGGUCAAGCGUCUGAAGAUGGAACUUCUGAAGGUAUAACUUUUGAAGGUGGUCCAACUUCUGAAGGUUUAACUUUUGAAGGUGGUCCAAAUUCUAAAGGUGGUCCAACUUCUGAAGGUGGUCCAACAUCUUAUACUCUUCCUAAACUUGAAAAAGAUUUUGAACAAGUUCAGAGGCCAUAA